AUGGGGCAUAGACAAACCCCCUACACACAAGCAGUCAUGAAGCUGGCCUUCACGCUAGCGGCCUCCGCCUUCCUGGCGACGGUCCCCAUCACAGCCUCCCCCAUCAUCCCCAACACCUUCCCCAACACCGCGAUCAUCAAGCAGGACACCGCCAUCGUUAGUCCCGCAACCGUCUCCGACACCAUCCAUCCCACCACUACGACUGUUAGUCUUCGAUCUGAAGAGUCGAAGGCUGCUGACGAGUCCGAUUAUUUCACAUCAGACUCUGAAGACGAUGGCCGUCAAGAGUAUGUCUAUGUCUCUCGCGAGGAUAUCACCGCCGAAAAUUACUCUGGCGAGCAUGGGGAUACCCUCGACGAUAAUGUCGAGUCUCAUGUGAACUCUUUCAACCGCCGUGGCUCCCACACCGCUGAGUACUGGAAGUCUCGUCUUCCUUCUACUUCCCACAACCGCCGCGGUUCGCACGGCGUUGAGUACUGGAAGUCUCGUCUUCCUCCUACUUACUGGAACCAACGCCCCCCAGCCAGUUUGCCCAAACGCCGCAUCCCUAUGCCUGAAGAAUUGAGUCAAGAUGACAAGGACAAGGCAAUUUCCGACUUCCACUCCGUCACCAGUCCCAUGGUCAAGCGCAAUUACGGCGACGCGAGGGACAAGUACGAGUGUCCUUGUAUGCUUAAUGGUAAAUACAAGCCGCAAAUGGUAGCUUGUGCGGACAAGUAUCAUUGUCAGGAUGAAUCAAAGUUCGUAUGCAUAAGCUACAAGGGUGUUGCUGUGGGGUUUACUGUGGACGAGGGCGUGAAGCCGACCAAGAAAGCCAGUGGCAAGAAGCGAGAGCUUGGCUCCACGUCCACCUCAACAUCUAUUAAUGAUGAUCCAAAGGGAGAGUUCAUCUGGGGCGAGGAUGAGGAGAAGCCAAUCAAGAACAGCAAGCGAAGUCUUGACAACGACCUUCGACAACGCACCCCCGGCCACCGAGGCAUCAAAUGCACUAAGGUAAAUGAAUUCCCAUACUGCGAUAACACCCGCAACAUGACCCUAGCGACAUGCCACUGCGCCAUGUACCAAUGGAAUGACACGACGAAAUCCCACAAUAUCGUGAUCAUAGGGCCGGCGGAGAAGGAUGAUUCCGACGCCCCCAAGCACAAGCGAGACCUGCCUGACAGCAGCAAGAAGCGCAGCAGCAUCGAUGACAUCAACUCCUUUGACUCUGGCUCGUGUGGCUCAUACCUGCCCACAGACAUUGAUGACCACAAUAGCAUGGCCAUCAAGAAUGAGAAGCGCUAUCGCGUUCCUCUCAUGAGCAGACAUCCUCAAGCAAAGGUCGCCCGCGCAGAAGACUACGGCUAUAUGUGCGCCAACACCGCUGCCCAGAUGCGGUGCAAAAAUAAUAACGGAGUUAUCGAGUGUGACUGUUACCCACCGAUGGAAACAGCGAUCCAGGAUGAGAAAUCCCCGAGCGGUUGGCGCUGCCAAAAGAGUAAAAAGACCGAUGUACCGGUUUCUUGUUAUUCUGCUGUGAAGACCCGCGUCAAUCAGGAUUGUUUCUGUAUGCCGCCAGCAGAAAAGGCGAUUAAGAAGCCCAAUACGAAGCGCGACGUUUCCGCAGGGGAAGUUGUUGAGGGGCGAGGCUUGAUCCCUCUCAGUGAACUCAGCGGACGAGGUCUUGUCGCCCGCAAAUUGGCUUCGCAGUACUACUGCACCAACCCCAGAGCAAAGAUCAUGUGCGAGGGUUAUAAACAUGCUGAAUGCUGGUGUUUCAACGAAGAGCGGAAGGUGAACGAGAAUGGAACAUCGAUGGCGACGAUGGUGAAAGGAGAUAAGGCUUUUGUGGACUCCGACUCCAACUCAAACGACGUGGGCGGCAAGGGCGGCGAGGGCAGCGGGUACAAUAACAAGGAAGACGACAAGAAGCCGGCGGACAAGAGAGAUGUCACCUCCGAAUCUGAUUCAGAUUCUGUGGUGUCUGAGCCCAAAUUUGAGACCAAGUCCAAGAGGGACCUCCUCCAGUUUGACAUCUUCGUGACGCUGCCCGGGGAUGUAGUCAAGGCUCUCACCGGCUCAAAGAAGAGAGAUUUUCCGGUCAAGGGGGAGAUGGAGGGGGAGGAGCACCUGCUUGAGGGGAGCAUGCUUGAAGGGGACGUCACCAGUCAAGAGCAUGAGUUCAUUGCUCGCAAAAACAACGGGUACGGCACCCGAGAAGUCGAAUGCAAGGAGACGGGUGACGUCGCCGGCUUUUGUCUCGUCAGCGGCUACUGCUACUGCCUCCAGUGCCGGGGGUUCCCGGACAACUGCGACUUUGUGCAGAGGAAGGGCGUCGGCGACGGCAAGCGCGGCCUGGCCUCCCCGACCGAAAACAACCUCCUUGAAGACCGCGACUUCACCAGUGACAGGAACACCAACCCAGGCCAAAUACCGCCAUAUAUCUUGAGGAUUACCAGCCAGGUCAAAAAGAACAACCGACCCGUCACGUUUAUCUGCCAAGCCGCGAACGGCGGGUUCUGCAUUGAGGACGGCUGCUAUUGUGUGAAAUGCCAAAUUGGUCUGAACGGUUGCAGUUUCAAAAGACUCGGAUCGCGCAGCGCAAAGAGGGCUGCGGCCGAUGGAGGUGGGACGGGUCUUGAUGAGCUGUUGACCAUCGACGACGAGGCGGGUGGAGGGGAAUACUAUCAGAAAAAGAGUUUGGUCAACGAGAAGGAGAAACGUGGUGGGGUUUCAGGCGUCCACAGAACCAGUCCGUUUGGCCGCCCCGUUACGGUCGGUCGCCGGAGCGCCAUGCCACUAGCCAUGCCCAUGCCCGAUAACCAAGCGAUUCUGGAUAAAAGGGGCAAGGGCUUCGACUGCCCUGGCGAGUCCCUCGGGGCCUUCUGCUUUGCCGACGACGAGUGUUUCUGUCUAAAGUGCAAGAAGUUCCCCAAGGACGGCUGCUCUUUUGUGCAAAGAAAGUUCUUCAGGAAUACCAAGACCAAGCGGGAUUUGGAUUUUGGUGUUACGGCCUCUUCCUCAUUAGGGGAAGAUGGUGGUACUAGCAAGCGGGAAGUCGUCGUCGACGCUGACGUCGUCGUCGUCGUACCGCCAACGAUGACUCGUACUAUCACGCCCACCUCUUCCGUUCUGUCAAACACAUCCGUUCCACUUGCCUCCUCCGCAACUGCAACCGCUACCUUCACGGCCAACGCCGACGACGUCGCCAACCGCAACCACUCCAGGCCCGGCCACGGCCUCAAAUCCGAAGUAAACAUCUUUGCCCGCGGCAGGCGCGCCGACGGCUACAAGCCACAGUGCGUGCGGGAAAAUAUGACGGGCCAAGAAGGAGGAAAUGGAGGGGCGGGACAGACGUCGGUGCAGGCGGUGGAUAAGCUGAAACUGAAAGCUCGUGAUCAAGCAAAUAACGCUGGGUCUGCUUGCAGUCCUGUGGGAGGGUGGAAUUGCAUUGAUGGAAAGUCGUACCAGCAGUGUACCCCCGGCGGCAUUUGGACGGCGGCUAUGCCCAUGGCGGCUGGUACUACUUGCACCCUAGGGCAGACCACUAUGCUUAAUGUCACGGCUACGGCUGCGGGAAGCAAGAUGAGGCGUCUUACUAGUAGUGUACAUGUAGCUCGUGAGGAGCCGGAGGUUGUGGCAGUGCCGCAGAAGGGGGACAGCAUGGCUAGUAGGAGCUUGGAGGAAGAGAAGGAUGGGCAGGAAGGGCAGGAUGAGGGGACGCAUCGGGUUGCUAUCCCUGGAGCUGGAGAGAUUGAUGUUGAGGCGGAGUGA